UCGAAUCUAGAGUUCAAAUCGCGUCUGUUUCAUACUAGCAACAAGAGCAGCGGACGACGGUUCUCGGCUUGGAUCGGCGUCACGGUUUACUUUCCGUUUGGCGAUCGGCUUCUCCGUAUCUUAUCCCCCCUCUGUCUGCUGUCUCUAUCCACUCAUAAGUCCAUCACCGUCGUCUCUCUUUCAAGCUUCUCUGAGUUGCGAGCUGGUCAACAGCAGGAUACUGUAGAGAUUCUUGAUUCUUUGAGUUGAAUAAGCUUUACUUGAACACGAUGGAUCAUCAGAAUGGAUUCGGUGUGGAAGUCACUGGGCUAUCUCCAGCUGUUACUGAGAAAGAUCUCAUCGACUUCUUCUCCUUCUCUGGUGCAAUCGAACAUAUUGAUAUUGUCAGGUCGGGUGAGCAAGCUUGCACUGCUUAUGUGAUGUUCAAGGAUUCUUACUCUCAGGAGACUGCUGUCUUACUCAGUGGGGCAACCAUAUUGGAGCAGCGAGUUUGCAUAACUCGUUGGGGACAGCAUCACGAGGACUUUGACUUCUGGAACGCGACUCAGCGGGGUUUUGUAGAUGACACAAACCCACAUCCUCAUCCUCAGCGAGGCGAGUUCAACGCCGGAGAAGCAGUGACAAAAGCUCAAGAAUUGGUGAAGUCAAUGCUAGCCACCGGAUUCGUGCUGGGCAAAGACGCAUUAGCCAAAGCCAAAGGCUUUGACGAAUCCCACGGUGUGUCAGCUGCAGCAGCGGCUAGAGUCUCUCAACUAGACCAGAGGAUCGGUCUCACUGACAAAAUCUUUGCCGGAGUUGAAGCUGUCAGAUUAACCGACCAAAAGUAUCAUGUUUCAGACAAAGCCAGAUCAGCCGUCUCUGCCACAGGAAGAACCGCGGCAGCAGCUGCAACUAGCGUUGUCAAUAGCAGUUACUUCUCCAGCGGAGCUCUAUGGCUAUCGGGCGCGUUUGAGCGGGCGGCUAAAGCUGCAUCUGAUCUUGGUAGCCGUGGCUCAAGGCAGUGAUAUGAAUAUGCCUACGAACUGAUCAGAAUGGUAUUCGACUGUGAAUAUAUAUGACGACAUUAGAAAAGAAAACUCAAGAAAGAAUCAUUAUUUUCAUACGUGUGUUCAGCCCUGAUUUGAUUUGUAUGCAUAAAACGUUAUUAUCUCCGCGCUUCGCAAGCGAUCUACCAUUUUAAUCAA